AUGAUCAUAGGUGUAGUUAGUGGAAAUAAUAGUGAUGCAUCAGGAGGAUUCUAUCAACCGGGCAAAACAAACGUACAAAUGUUGAACAAGGACAACUUUGCCGACAACGUGUUUGGAACGGAGCAUGUAUGGUUGGUUGAGUUUUACGCACCAUGGUGUGGCCAUUGCAAGAGUUUGAAGCCAGAGUAUGAAAAGUUGGCUACUUCACUCAAGGGUAUUGCCAAGAUUGGUGCUGUCAACUGUGAUGUUGAAAAGGAGUUGUGCGGUCACUUUGGUAUCCAAGGGUUCCCAACGAUCAAGUUCUUCCCCUCUGAAUUAGUACCAAACAAAAAGGAGGGUAAAGAUGCCUACCACAAGGUACCAGAAGACUACCAAUACGGCAGAACUGCCAAGGACAUGUCACAAUUCAUCACUGGCAAGAUCCCAUCCUUUGUCAAAAAGGUCGAUGCCGACUCCAAGUCCAUCUCUGCCUUUAUCGCCGCCGACAAGACUGCCAAAGCACUCCUCUUUACCGACAAACCAACUACCUCUAGUCUCUACAAAGCUCUCUCUGUCGAUUUCCACCAUACUCUUCCACUUGGUGAAGUAAAGAAAGCUAAACAAGAUGUUCUUGACAAAUUUAAAAUUAAAUCAUUCCCAACAUUAUUAUUAUUCAAGAGUGAUUCAGAAGAGGAUGUAGUUGUAUACACUGGCAAAUUAAAUCAAGAAGAAAUCUUUAAAUUCCUUUCACCAUUCCAAAAUGAAUCAAAUCAAAAACCAAACAAAUUCCAAAAGAAGGGUGGUAAUGAUAAGAAACAGCAACAACAACAAAAACCAAAGGAACCAGAAGUUCCAGCAUUAGAUCACGCACUUUUAAUUAAUGAUCAAGAGACAUUUGAUUUACAUUGUGCCAAGGGUGGACUAUGUUCACUAUUCUUUUUGGAUCUUGAAAAUGAAGACGAACGUUCAUCAAACGAUCGUUACAUUGACACUAUGAACCAAUUGGCUAAAAAGUUUGUCGGACGUAUCAAGAUAUUCUACGUCGACGGUGCACUUCAAAACAACUUUGUCGAUGAACUCCAUCUCUCUGGUCUCCCCAAUAUGAUCAUUCUCAAUACCUCUCGUAUGAGAUAUGUCAACUAUUUGGGUUCAUUCUCUUUUGAUUCUGCAGAAGAGUUUUACAACGAUGUAUUAGUAGGUAAAAAGGGUACUGCUCCAUUAAAAUCAAUUCCAAAGAUUAUCUCUUCUAAACCAUCUUCAUCAACCAAACAACAACCAACUAAAUCAACCACCGCAAAGGAUGAAUUAUAA